CGGCCCGGUUCGUACCCCCGCUGCUACGGGCAUGGCCACGGCGAGGCUGGCAGCGCUGCCCAGGAGCGGGCUGACCCUCCUGCGCCGGGCGGGAGGGCGGCGGGGAGCCCCCCCGCCCAGUGCCCUGCACACGGGGGUGCCCUCUGCCUCCCUAAGGCUGACCAACAGCUAUAUCCAGGGGACCUCAGACAUCCCCUUGCUUACCAAAACCACAGGCCAGUGCUUGGAUGAGACCGUCGAGCGGUUUCCUGACCGUGAGGCUCUGGUCUUCUGCCGGGAUGGGGUUCGGAAGACAUUUGCUCAGUUCAAAGAGGAGGUGGACCAGGCAGCGGCUGGGCUUCUGGCUCUUGGCCUGAAGAAGGGAGACCGGCUCGGGAUGUGGGGUCCCAAUAAGUACGAGUGGGUUCUCAUGCAGUUUGCGACUGCCCAGGCAGGAAUCAUCCUGGUAUCUGUGAAUCCAGCCUACCAGGCCCCUGAGCUGGAGUUUGUCAUCAGUAAGGUUGGCUGUAAGGCACUGGUGUUUCCCACUCAAUUUAAAACACAGAACUACUAUGAUAUCUUAAAGCAGUCAUGUCCUGAGAUAGAAACAUCCAGCCCAGGGGGAAUAAAGAGCAAAAGGCUACCCAACUUAAACAUUGUCAUCGUGUUGGACUCCAAGCUGCCAGGCACCUUUCACAUGGAUGAGGUGAUGCAGGCAGGGGACAGCAGCCAUAUGAAACAGUUGAGAGCCGUGCAGCAAACACUCUCCUGCAAUGAGCCCAUCAACAUCCAGUUCACUUCAGGGACCACGGGAAGCCCCAAAGGAGCCACCCUAUCCCACAGGAACAUUGUGAAUAACGCCCAUCUGAUCGGGCUGAGGCUGGGGUUCACAGAGCAGGACUACCGCGUUGCCCUGCCUGCACCCCUCUAUCACUGCCUGUCAUCGGUAGGAGGCUGCAUGGUGAUGGCUCUGCACGGGUCCUCCUGCAUCUUCUCAUCGCCCAGCUUCGAGGGGAAGGCUGCGCUGGAGGCUGUGUCUCGAGAGAAAUGCUCCUUUCUGUAUGGCACACCAACCAUGUUCAUAGACAUGCUCUCCCAGCCGGACUUUGACUCCUAUGACCUGUCAAGUCUCCGGGGAGGAGUUAUUGCAGGUUCUCCUGUUCCCCCUGAGGUCAUGAAGAUGGCUAUGACCAAGAUGCACAUGGCGGAGAUGUUGGUUGCCUAUGGGACCACGGAAAACAGCCCCGUCACCUUCAUGGGAUUCCCCAAUGACAGCAUCACCAGGAAAACCGAGACGGUGGGAUGCAUCUUACCCCACACAGAGGCAAAAAUUGAGGAUCCCGAAACAGGCCAGUUCAUGCCUCUGAACACUCCUGGGGAGCUUCAGAUCCGUGGCUACUGCGUGAUGCUGGGCUACUGGGGUGACCCUGCCAAGACAAGUGAAGUGGUCACUGAUGAGAAGUGGUACAAGACAGGGGACCUUGCGAGCCUGGAUGAGCACGGCUACUGCAGGAUCAUAGGCCGAUGCAAGGACAUGAUUAUUCGUGGAGGAGAGAACAUCUACCCAGCAGAGCUUGAGCAGUUUCUGCACACCCAUCCCAAGGUUGACGAGGCCCAGGUGGUUGGUGUGAAGGAUUCACGGAUGGGAGAAGAGAUCUGCGCCUGCAUCCGACUGAAGACUGGGCAGGAAUGCACCGAGGAAGAGAUUAAAGCCUUCUGCAAAGGGAAGAUCUCCCAUUUCAAGAUCCCGCGGUACAUCGUGUUUGUGGAUCAGUACCCGCUCACCGUCUCGGGCAAGAUUCAGAAGUACAAGCUGAGGGAGCAGAUGGAGAAGCACCUUCAGCUCUGAGCUGCGGAAGGCAGAGCAAAGCACGGCACAAAUCAGCCCCACUUCAACCAGCUCUGGGUCUCUUUCCCCUGUGCCUUGUGCUGUGUGGUGGAGACCUUCUCUGCUGCCAUCAGGCCGGUGGCAGGGUUAGUUAAUAAAACAGAGUGCCUUU